AGUUUUCACGCUCCCUUUGGAGAGAUGGCGGACUCUGAGGAGAGCUCACCAAUGUCUGAUGUGGUCGUCGCCAUCCAGUUCCCAGCGAUGGCUCCAAAGUCAGACGCUCAACCUGGCGCCACAGGGGAUACGGAGGCGAAACAAGCACAUGGCGCUGCGACCGCCCCGGCCGCUCGGGAGGCAGCAAAAGUGGAUGACAAGAAACCCCAUGGCGGCGAGCGUGAGGCGAAGGACGACGUUGCUGAGGUUGCUGUGAACGUGGACGUAUCACUGCAAGAGAAGGCGAAGAGAGAUGAUGCAGCGGCUGGGGGUGCUGCGCCAAAGAAGGAGGAUGACGUCCCCUUCAUGCCCCUGAAGGAGGGAGAUGACACUGACCCUUCUGCCAUCGUCCUUCAGCCCCUUGUCGCCGAAGGGGAGCCAGUAUUGCCGGUUGGAGAGACAGGCUCGAGACGGGGGUCUGGCGGGAGCAGCGCAAGCCCGGUGUGGCGGAGAAAACGGUCCAUGGACAUGGUCGACCCCUAUCAGGCGGCUGAUCUCGGUGAGUACAGAGAGACACACAGUGCAGUGCAUGUGGUUCAUGCCGUCAUUCGUCUAUAUAUGCUCUAUCCACAGCGGUUGCGAAGCGUCACUUGGUGAACUCCAGCUGUACUGACGCCGAUGACAAGUGGAUGCAUCCGGUCGUCACGGAAGUGCAAGAGCUGGUAGGCAUUGCGGCGCCCCCUUGCUUCAAUCAAUGGUCAUCCAUCAUACCGUGUUCCCGUCUCUGUCUCUGUGUGUGUCAGGGUCAGUUUGGUGUCGGCGUGCAGCUGUACUUCGAGUUCCUCUGGCAUCUGGCUCUUGUACGCCAGGAAAAACAGAAGCACACGCACAUUAACUAAGUCUGCCUCCCUCUCUUGAACAGGUGUUCUUCCUCAUGUUCGUUCUCACCAUACCGAACCUGACAUUUUUCUCAGUCGGUCAGCAAUAGCGGAAGGCCAUUCAUAACAUGCCUCCUCCCGCGGCUUAUUGGCUCUCCUCUUGUUCCAUUCAGGCAACAUGCUGCACGACGGCAAGGCCAUGUUCAAGAUCGAACGCACAUUCGUACGCAGAAAUGAGCGAUGGAAGGAAGCCUCACGGAACACAGCUAUAUCAACUUCCGCUGUUUGCAGAUAGCCAACAUCGGCAAGCGGCCCACCAUCGUGCCCGGCACGAGUCCCGCGAAGGCCCGUGAGCUGAUCCAAAAUAGGCCGGUGACGGUUGGCUUCUUCGACUUGGAAAUCAAAAAUGUGACCGUCGCAUGUGGUGUCUUUGACGGCCUGGCCAUACUCGUAAGAUGCAAACAGAGACGGAGAUCGAGGUGCAUGCAAAAAGGUCAUCUGUCGCGUCGUCGUGAUGCAGCUGCUUUUGGGUUGGGUGUGGUGGUUCCGCCUCCGUCGCAUCAAGGAGGUGGUCAAGGAAAACGAUGAGGACAACGUGACCCCAGGGGACUUCUCCAUCCUCUGCUCAAACCUCCCAAGACAUCUCGGCGAGUGAGGAUGCGUAUCAUGUCUGGGCGCUAUGUGUGUGUCUCCGUCAACGAUCGUGUCUUUUGCUUCUAUGGAUCACAGUGACCACAACAAUUACGAGAAGCUGAUGAAGAGCCACUUCCUGCAGUUCUGCGGCGGACAAUGGGGCGAGCCGAUUCAGGCCGUCAUGAACUACGAAGCACCCAAAGACAGCGUCGUGGCGGUCAGUCACACCAACCCCACUCACUAACACACUCCGGCCACACCAUAUCUGAUCGUGUGCACAUGUCAGGUGGUGCUGGCUCGCGAGUACAACGGCCAUGUGCGGAAGCACGCCCAUGUGGGCCAGCUGAUGCAUCAGCUCAACCUGAUGAAGGCGCGUCAGCGAGAGGGCGUCAAGGUGAAUGAGAAGCGCAUGGAGGCGAUCGAGGACAAGAUCCGCAACAAGCGGGAGCACCUCAAGGCCAAGCAGAAGAUCACCGAGGAGGAGAGGGAGGUCUGCAUGGCCUUUGUGACGUUCAACCGGGAGGACGACAAGGAAAACAUACUCGACUGGUCAGUGAGCUUGUGAAGCCUUGCUUGAGCUUCUGCCUCCCUGGAGGCGCUUAUCUGUCUCUCUGUGUGCUAUAGGUACGCCUGGUCGCGUGUGUGGUUGUUGAAGUACCUCCAGCAGGAGUAUCUCAAGUUCAAAGGGCGCAGGAUCCGUGUGGAGCAGGCGCCGGAGCCGUCCAACAUCCUCUGGCAGAACCUCGACUUCGAAAAAUGGAAGCGGGCCUACCGCGUCUGCCUCACAACACUCCUCACCAUCGGUGACCGGUUGACCAAUGCCGCUGCACGUGGCUCUCUGCAUGCCUGUAUCUCCUGCUGUCAGUGCUCCUGCUUCUCUGCGGCGGGCUGAUAGCCUAUAGCAAGGAGGUGGCUGCCAUGAAUAUCGACGUGCCCGAGGAGGGCCACGCGUGGCGCCUCACCAUCAACACCCCGUCGAGGACGCAGUUCAUCAUCUGCGACCUCCAGUUCUUCUCGGACUAUGACUGCAGAAACCCCGUCAACGACGUCACCGAGCUGCCUGCCAAUCGCGAGUGGAGCUAUGCGGCGGACGGAGACCUCUUUCGGACGAUGAGUGGGGUACCUGUGCCACCCUCUGCGAAUGGCCUCACCUGCAAUGGGGAAGGCUACUUCGAGGUGAGGAGAUGUGUGUCAAGAAAGAAGAGCGCGAUGUGUGUGUCUGCUGGUCCUUGCUUGGGUGCUCUUCAGAGUGACGGCAGUGAGAAGAGCGGCUGGAUCUCUGUGGAGUUUGACAAGGAGAUGUCCGCCAGAUGUGUGGCACUCAACGCCUCAGAUGCGGUAGCACACCACACGCGGCGCCAGCCAACGGAUAUCUUCAUUGCAUCUCAAAUGAGUCAAUUGAUCAGGUCCGCGGCAUGACUGCCACCGUCGAGACAUGUGAGACAGUUCAAGUCGACCCAAGCGAACGUCAGUCGGACCACAGGAGAAAAAAUGAGACACCACACAGACAAGACAGCGGCAUCCUUGUGUUGGAUGUGUGCAACGCAGCCCCGACGUACGUGUGCACCAAGGUGCAGAACAUCCAGGAGGGGUCCUUCUCCGCGGGUAUCAACCGGUUCUCCUUCACGUCCCUCAUGCAUCCCGCACUCGAGCAAUGCGGCGACGUCAGCCUCACCGACCACCUCACAAUCGCAGAAGCCAAACAACUCGAGGAACGGGUCAGUCAGUGAGUUGCCGCCUCUUUCUGUCUCCAUGUCGGCGCGAAGUGAUCUGUGUUGUGUGUGCAGGAUCAGACGCGGAGUGACUACUAUGUCUCGUGUUACUGCGGUAUACACAAGUUCGACAUAGCGAGCGACCCCGACCUGCAGUCGAUGUGCGCGUCGUACCUCAAGAACACCGUCACGCUGGUCGUCCUGGGCGUGGCGGCCGCGUGCCUCAUCGUGGCCAUCAACGUGGUGCUCAAAGUGACACUCAAGCAGCUCAGGUGAGUGAAUCGCCACACACACCACACCACACCACACCACACCACAAGCCAUUGCCUGGAUGGAUGGAUGGAUGUGUGUCGAGUGCAGCAACUGGGAGAAGCCAUUUUUUAUGUCUCAGCUCCUCCGCUCGAGAAUCGUCAAGGUGUUUGUGGCCCAGUGGCUCAACACGGGCGUGAUCGUGCUGCUGCUCAACAUGCGUCUCGGCAACAAGAGCUUCUACCUCGGCCCCACCAAGAUCGGCGGCGAGUUCGGCGAUUUUGUCCCGGAGUGGUACAUCAAAGUGGGCAUGUCGGUGCUGCUGACCAUCAUGGUCAACGUAGUGAGCCCUCACGGCAUCGCCUUCGCCAUGCUGCCGCUGAGGCCCCUCUUCCGCAUGUGUGGGAAGCGGAGUGCCAAGAUACAGGCGGACCUCAACAAGGUGUUCACCAACCCCUCGUUCGAUCUGGACGUCAGAUACGCGCAGACACUGCAGACCGUCUGGGUGGUACUCAUGUACAGCUCAGGUAUGCACUCAUUCAAAGAGGGACCAAUGAACGUGUAUGGUGUGUGUAUCCUUCCUUCAUGUGUUGUGUUGCAGGGAUGCCCCUUCUGUACUUGGCGGCGUCCGCGUGUUGCUUCUUCACUUUCUGUUGCGACAAGUUUGUGCUGCUGUGGGGCUCCCGCCGGCCGCCUUCAUUCGACCACAUUGUGGCCACCACAGCCAUCACGACCCUCCCACUGGCAUCUGUGCUCCACAACGUGUAAGCAAUGCAGGCAGGCAGACAGUUCCCCCUGUGUCAUGAAUGCGUGUGUGGCAGUGUGGCUGUGUUCAUGUUUGGGCACGGCACAAUAUUCCCAUCGGACCCUUUGUUGAUCGGCACGACCAAGGACCCACCUGUCGACAAGGAGGAGCCAUACUCAUAUUUCUGGGACGGGGCUUCGAACUUGACGGAGAACCUGCUUCACCUAAGAGACAGAGUCUUCACCAUGGCCGGAUUUGUCCAGUAAGUAGGGAAUAAGACUGAAUGGUGCGGUGUCUGCAGUGGAAAAUGAUAUGUGUCGGUUUUCUUGUCAGGGUGGUGAUCCUGGCGGUCUUUGCCAUCAGCUACGUCGUGGCCUGGCUGUCCUUCCUCUUCAGAGGAGUCAAGGUCAGACACAGACAGACACAUGGAUGACUGACGCUUUUCAUACCUUGAUGGGCGGGACGCGUGAAUGCAAUGCAGCUAUUCUGCACUAGCUGUCUCCGCCGGUACUUGGUGCCCAAGAAGCUAUGGGAGGUGAGGUGGGCGACACCGCGCUCCGCUCCCCCACAAACACAAGGAAACGAUAAUGUGUGUGGAUGCAUAUCGAUCAGGGCCUGUCGCCAGACCCCAAGCACCACCACAUCAGCGAGGUAAUCGGCCAACACACAUGGACGGAUGCCCUUCUUUCGUCCGCGGUCCCACUCUGUGUGUGUGCAGGCGUACAUCAUGUCGCCACGGAAAGGAUCCAAGGAAAGCAACCCCGACGCAGCCGAAGUCAAGGCAUCCGCUUCCAAGAGAAAGCAGAGCGAAGCGAAAUCAGACUCCAAGAGACAGUCUGAAGUCGCCCCAACGAUCACGGAGGGCACCUUCGUGGACAACCUGCCGGUCAUGACGCGUGGCGACCUGGUGGUGUCCUACCGCAUGGAAGACAACCCUGACUAUAAGGGGGCAUGGCGUGCGAUCAUGGAGGCUGACACCGAGGUAAGCCCUUGUACUUUCUUGGUGGUGUCUCGCCUCCAUGCUGGUGGUCUGGUGGAUGCAGACACGGCGGGAAUCGAUGGCGACCCGGCGUGAGUCGGCGCAGACCGGGCGCGAGUCUGGACAGCCGGACAGCCAGCGGGCCCUGGAACCAGAGGCGGCGGAGGUUGAAACAAGCGAAUGAGGGAGGGAGUGACUAGCAGUCUGUCUGUGCGUGUGUUGUGUUCUGUUGGGUGUAAGACGG